CAGAUUGGCAUGCCAUUUAUAUCACAGUCGAUAAUUUGCAUGAUUCGUUUCAGGUCUCUAAACUGGUAAAAUAUAUAGUCUUGAGAUUUGCAAAUUUGGCUGAUACGGGCUGAUUAUAUGUUGUUAGAAAGUCAGUAUUUACCUAAUAUUCACAGUUAGCUUAAUGCAGGAAGAGGAAGAAGAAUUCGUCUCGGAUCUUACAGAACAAGGCGUCCCUACAGCUGAAGUGAUGGAAGAUGUGGAAGCUUAUUUGAAGAAAGAAGGUAAUAUCAGCAUAGAGGAAGGCAUCAGACGUUUAGAAGCAAUUUAUAGAAAGUACAAGCAGGUCGAACAACAACUAACUGAGCAAAAAUUACGAUUACUUUCGAAGCUUCCGGAUUUGAAAAAGUCAGUCGAAGUUGUUAAUCAUCUGGAAGAGAAAUCGAAAAAAAUGGAAACUGUGGAAGUGACACAUCUAUUAAGUGAUCAUGUUUACCAACGGGUGAAAACAGAUUCACUUGAUAAGGUGCUUCUGUGGCUUGGUUCUAAUGUUAUGGUGGAAUUCAAUCUAAGCGAAGCGCGAUGCAUACUUGAAGAUAAUUAUAAAAGUGCAAACGAUGGAGUGGCGAAAUACGAGAAAGAGUUAGCAUUUCUCAAGGAUCAGAUAACGACAACGGAAGUCAAUAUGGCUCAUGUUUACAACUACGGUAUUCGACAAAGAGCAGGUCGAUAACAUUUUGCACAGUUUGCUAUUCAUUCUACACAUUACAUCCAUGUGGACUUCACUCAGAUAUUGUUGCUUUGGAAUUGAAGUUUUUUUUGCGUGCAAUAUCUGCAGAACAGCCCUAAAUGUUUUACAGCUAAAUAACACUACCCAUUAAAGAAAAUAUAUUCCGCAAUUGUGUUUGUUCCAGCCUCUUACUGUUAACUUUACUUUUGCAUGCAAUUUCUAAUCAUGUUUCUAUCUAUAUAAACUUUUUUGCG